GUGCAGGAUGAAAAGAUGGCACAGGCACUUCCGGUACCCCCAGGACCUGAAAGCUUCCGCCUUUUUACUAGAGAAUCUCUUGCUGCUAUCGAAAAACGUGCUGCAGAAGAGAAAGCCAAGAAACCCAAGAGAGAACAAAACAACGAUGACGAGAACAAACCAAAGCCAAACAGUGACUUGGAAGCUGGAAAGAACCUUCCAUUUAUUUACGGAGACAUCCCUCCAGGGAUGGUGUCAGAGCCACUGGAGGACCUGGACCCGUACUAUAUCAAUAAGAAAACUUUUAUAGUAUUGAAUAAAGGGAAGGCAAUUUUCCGAUUCAGUGCCACCUCUGCCUUGUAUAUUUUAACUCCGCUAAACCCUGUUAGGAAAAUUGCUAUUAAGAUUUUGGUACAUUCUUUAUUCAGCAUGCUUAUCAUGUGCACUAUUUUGACCAACUGUGUAUUUAUGACCCUGAGUAAUCCUCCAGACUGGACAAAGAAUGUAGAGUACACAUUCACUGGAAUCUAUACCUUUGAGUCACUUAUAAAAAUCUUGGCAAGAGGGUUUUGCUUAGAAGAUUUUACAUUCCUUCGUGAUCCAUGGAACUGGCUGGAUUUCAGUGUCAUUGUGAUGGCAUAUGUGACAGAGUUUGUGGACCUGGGCAAUGUCUCAGCGUUGAGAACAUUCAGAGUUCUCCGAGCACUGAAAACAAUUUCAGUCAUUCCAGGUUUAAAGACCAUCGUGGGUGCCCUGAUCCAGUCUGUGAAGAAGCUUUCUGACGUCAUGAUCUUGACUGUGUUCUGUCUGAGCGUGUUUGCUCUAAUUGGUCUGCAGCUGUUCAUGGGCAACCUGCGGAAUAAAUGUUUGCAAUGGCCCCCAAGCAAUUCUGCUUUUGAAACCAACAUCACCUCCUUCUUUAAUGGCACAAGGAAUUCAAAUGGGACAUUUGUUAAUGUAACAAUGAGCACAUUUAACUGGAAGGAUUACAUUGAAGAGGAAGGUCACUUUUAUGUUUUGGAUGGACAAAAAGACCCUUUACUCUGUGGAAAUGGCUCAGAUGCAGGCCAGUGUCCGGAAGGAUACAUCUGUGUGAAGGCUGGUCGAAACCCCAACUAUGGCUACACAAGCUUCGACACUUUUAGCUGGGCUUUCUUGUCUCUAUUUCGACUCAUGACUCAAGACUACUGGGAGAACCUUUACCAGCUGACGUUACGUGCUGCUGGAAAAACAUACAUGAUAUUUUUUGUCCUGGUGAUUUUCUUGGGCUCUUUUUAUUUGGUGAAUUUGAUCCUGGCUGUGGUAGCCAUGGCCUAUGAAGAACAGAAUCAGGCCACCUUAGAAGAGGCAGAACAGAAAGAGGCUGAAUUUCAGCAAAUGCUCGAACAGAUUAAAAAGCAACAGGAAGAAGCUCAGGGUACCACCACUGAAACAGAAGUCAGAAAGAGAAGGCUAAGUUCUUACCAGAUUUCAAUGGAGAUGCUAGAGGAUUCCUCCGGAAGACAUCCUCCAGAGCUUGAAGAAUCUAGGCAGAAAUGUCCACCAUGCUGGUAUAGAUUUGCCAAUGUGUUCUUGAUCUGGGACUGCUGUGAUCCAUGGUUAAAAGUAAAGCAUCUUGUGAAUUUAAUUGUUAUGGAUCCAUUUGUUGAUCUUGCCAUCACUAUUUGCAUUGUCUUGAAUACCCUCUUCAUGGCCAUGGAGCACUACCCAAUGACUGGUCAAUUCAGUAGUGUGUUGACUGUAGGAAACCUGGUCUUCACUGGGAUCUUCACAGCAGAAAUGGUCCUCAAGAUCAUUGCCAUGGAUCCAUAUUAUUAUUUCCAAGAGGGCUGGAAUAUCUUUGAUGGAAUUAUUGUCAGCCUUAGUUUAAUGGAGCUUGGCCUGGCAAAUGUGGAGGGACUGUCUGUACUGAGAUCGUUCAGACUGCUUCGAGUUUUCAAGCUGGCAAAAUCCUGGCCCACCCUGAAUAUGCUAAUUAAGAUCAUUGGCAAUUCAGUGGGGGCUCUAGGUAAUCUCACCUUGGUGUUGGCCAUCAUCGUCUUCAUUUUUGCUGUGGUCGGCAUGCAGCUCUUUGGUAAGAGCUACAAAGAAUGUGUCUGCAAGAUCUCUAGUGACUGUCAACUCCCACGCUGGCACAUGCAUGACUUCUUCCACUCCUUCCUGAUUGUGUUCCGAGUGCUGUGUGGAGAGUGGAUAGAGACCAUGUGGGACUGCAUGGAGGUCGCUGGCCAAACCAUGUGCCUUAUUGUUUUCAUGUUGGUCAUGGUCAUUGGAAACCUGGUGGUUCUGAACCUCUUUCUGGCCUUAUUGUUGAGUUCAUUUAGCUCAGACAAUCUUGCUGCCACUGAUGAUGAUAAUGAAAUGAACAAUCUCCAGAUUGCAGUAGGAAGGAUGCAAAAGGGAAUUGAUUAUGUGAAAAAUAAGAUACAGGAGUGUUUCCAAAAAACCUUUUUCAGAAAGCCAAAAGGUAUAGAAAUCCAUGAAGGCAACAAAAUAGACAGCUGUGUGUCCAAUAAUACUGGGAUUGAAAUAAGCAAAGAGCUUAAUUAUCUUAAGGAUGGGAAUGGAACCACCAGUGGUGUAGGUACUGGAAGCAGUGUUGAAAAAUAUGUAAUCGAUGAAAAUGACUAUAUGUCAUUCAUAAAUAAUCCCAGCCUCACUGUAACAGUGCCAAUUGCUGUUGGAGAGUCUGACUUUGAAAACUUAAAUACUGAAGAGUUCAGCAGUGAGUCAGAACUAGAAGAAAGCAAAGAGAAAUUAAAUGCAAUCAGCUCAUCUGAAGGAAGUACAGUUGAUGUUGCUCUGCCCCGAGAAGGUGAACAAGCUGAAAUUGAACCCGAGGAAGACCUUAAGCCAGAAGCUUGUUUUACUGAAGGAUGUAUUAAAAAGUUUCCAUUCUGUCAAGUAAGUAUAGAAGAAGGCAAAGGAAAAGUCUGGUGGAAUCUGCGGAAAACCUGCUACAGCAUUGUUGAACACAACUGGUUUGAGACUUUCAUUGUCUUCAUGAUCCUUCUCAGUAGUGGUGCUUUGGCUUUUGAAGAUAUAUACAUUGAACAACGAAAAACUAUCAAAACCAUGCUAGAAUAUGCUGACAAGGUCUUCACUUAUAUAUUCAUCCUGGAAAUGCUUCUCAAAUGGGUAGCUUAUGGAUUUCAAACCUAUUUCACUAAUGCCUGGUGCUGGCUAGAUUUCUUGAUUGUCGAUGUUUCUUUGGUUAGCUUGGUAGCCAAUGCUCUCGGUUACUCAGAACUUGGUGCCAUCAAAUCCCUACGGACAUUAAGAGCUUUAAGACCACUGAGGGCUUUAUCCCGGUUUGAAGGCAUGAGGGUGGUUGUGAAUGCUCUUGUUGGAGCAAUUCCCUCUAUCAUGAACGUGCUGUUGGUUUGUCUCAUCUUCUGGCUGAUCUUUAGCAUCAUGGGUGUGAAUUUGUUUGCUGGCAAGUUCUACCGCUGUGUAAACACGACAACUGGUAACAUGUUUGAAGUUAGUGAAGUUAACAAUUUGAGUGAUUGUCAGGCUCUUGGCAAGAAAGCUCGGUGGAAAAAUGUGAAAGUAAACUUUGAUAAUGUUGGCGCUGGCUAUCUCGCAUUGCUUCAAGUGGCCACAUUUAAAGGCUGGAUGGAUAUUAUGUAUGCAGCUGUUGAUUCACGAGAUGUUAAACUUCAGCCUGUAUAUGAAGAAAAUCUGUAUAUGUACUUAUACUUUGUCAUCUUUAUCAUCUUUGGGUCAUUCUUCACUCUGAAUCUAUUCAUUGGUGUCAUCAUAGAUAACUUCAACCAACAGAAAAAGAAGUUUGGAGGUCAAGACAUAUUUAUGACAGAGGAACAAAAAAAAUAUUACAAUGCAAUGAAGAAACUUGGGUCCAAGAAACCUCAGAAACCCAUACCUCGGCCUGCAAACAAAUACCAAGGAAUGGUCUUUGAUUUUGUAACCAGACAAGUUUUUGAUAUCAGCAUCAUGAUCCUUAUCUGCCUCAAUAUGGUCACCAUGAUGGUAGAAACUGAUGACCAGAGCAAAUAUAUGACUCUAGUCUUGUCCCGGAUCAACCUUGUGUUCAUUAUCCUGUUCACUGGAGAAUUUGUGCUGAAACUUAUCUCCCUCAGAUACUACUACUUCACCAUAGGCUGGAACAUCUUUGAUUUUGUGGUGGUGAUUCUCUCCAUUGUAGGUAUGUUUCUGGCUGAGCUGAUAGAGAAAUAUUUUGUGUCCCCUACCCUGUUCCGAGUGAUCCGUCUUGCCAGGAUUGGCCGAAUCCUGCGUCUGAUCAAAGGGGCCAAGGGGAUCCGCACGCUGCUCUUUGCUUUGAUGAUGUCCCUUCCUGCGUUGUUUAACAUCGGCCUCCUGCUCUUCCUAGUCAUGUUCAUCUACGCCAUCUUUGGGAUGUCCAACUUCGCCUAUGUUAAAAAGGAAGCUGGAAUUGAUGACAUGUUCAAUUUUGAAACUUUUGGCAACAGCAUGAUCUGCCUGUUCCAGAUUACCACCUCUGGUGGCUGGGAUGGAUUGCUAGCACCUAUUCUCAACAGUGCACCGCCUGACUGUGACCCUGACACAAUUCACCCUGGCAGCUCAGUUAAGGGAGAUUGUGGGAACCCAUCUGUGGGGAUUUUCUUUUUUGUCAGUUACAUCAUCAUAUCAUUUCUGGUCGUGGUGAACAUGUACAUCGCUGUCAUCCUGGAGAACUUCAGUGUUGCUACUGAAGAAAGUGCAGAGCCCCUGAGUGAGGACGACUUUGAGAUGUUCUAUGAGGUUUGGGAGAAGUUUGAUCCUGAUGCCACCCAGUUCAUAGAGUUCUCCAAGCUCUCUGAUUUUGCAGCUGCCCUGGAUCCUCCUCUUCUCAUAGCAAAACCAAACAAAGUCCAGCUCAUUGCCAUGGAUCUGCCCAUGGUCAAUGGGGACAGGAUCCACUGCCUCGACAUUUUAUUUGCCUUUACAAAGCGUGUUUUGGGUGAAAGUGGAGAGAUGGAUGCCCUUCGAAUACAAAUGGAAGAUCGGUUCAUGGCAUCGAACCCCUCCAAAGUCUCCUAUGAGCCCAUUACAACCACUCUGAAACGCAAACAAGAGGAGGUAUCUGCUGCUAUCAUUCAGCGUAAUUUCAGAUGUUAUCUUUUAAGGCAAAGGUUAAAGACGGUAUUAAGUGAGUAUAACAAAGAGGCAAUCAAAGGGAGGAUUGAUUUACCUAUAAAAGACGAUAUGAUUAUUGACAAAUUAAAUGGGAACUCCACCCCAGAAAAAACAGAUGGAAGUUCCUCUACCACCUCUCCUCCUUCCUAUGAUAGUGUAACAAAGCCAGACAAAGAAAAGUUUGGAAAAGACAGACCAGAAAAAGAAAGCAAAGGGAAAGAGGUGAGGGAAAAUCAAAAGUAAAAAGAGACAAAGAAUUAUCUUUGUGAUCAAUUGUUUACAGCCUAAGAAGGUAAAGUUUAUGUGUCAACUGGACUCCCAGAGGAGGUCUAUGCCAAACUGUUUUAACAAAUACUCAUGGUCAGUGCCUAUAACAAGACAGUGACCUCUCCAUCACUAUAACUCUGUGAGUCAGGGUAUCAACACUGACAAGAGGUUGCUGUUUUCAUUACCAGCUGACACUGCUGAGGAGAAACUCAAUGGCUACCUAGACUGUAGGGAUAGUUGUGCAAAGUGAUCAUUGUAACUACACCAAACACUUUCAGUACAGUACUUGCAUCUACUCUAUUUUUAACUUCCAUAUCUGCAAUAUUUUUACAAAAUUUGUUCUAGUGGAUUUCCCUAGUCACUACUUCAUAGUUUAUUCAUAAUACUAUGUCACUAUUUUUGCAAAUGAAAUUUAAGUUGAGAAAAAAGUAUAUAAGAGCCCUGUGUUCCUACUCCACAAGUUUCUCGAAUAAUCAGACAAAGGGUUUUGUCCAAGAGAUGAAGUUCUUGCUCAAAACCAGAAAGAAAAAAUCUAAUAACAAUUUCAGGUACUUCCGUUUUCUAGACGGCUUUAAUUUUGAAAGUGUUUUAGUCUAUGUUUGUUUAUAUCUAAACAGUUACGUGCCUGUAAAGUCUCCUCUAAUUUUUAAAGGAUUAUUUUUAUGCAAAGUAUUCUGU